CUUAGGUUUCGGCAGCUUUGUACAACAGCUACACUGUGAAGCUACUUGAUAAAAUGGCAAAGACUGUCCUCACUAUUGCUAUAGAUUUUGGCACAGCAUAUAGUGGCUACCAUGUCAAAUGUAACACUCCGGGGAAAGGGGCACAAUUUAGGGAUGUUCAGUGGGGAGAAGAAUAUGGAAUUCGAUCCUGCAAGACACCUACUUGUGCCUUGUUUGACAAUACUGACCACUUUGUAGACUUUGGAUAUGCAGCAAUGAAGAAAUACACCAGCAAAGGUUUUCAAGAUGGCUACUUCUUUGAAAAUUUCAAAAUGGAUCUUUACAAAAACAAAGUUAUCCAAAGUGAUUUGCAAGUGACGGCAACGAAUGGGAAACAAAUGCCUGCUAUGACAGUGUUUACAGAAAGUCUGCGAUAUCUGAAGGACCAUGUCCUGCGAAAGGUGGAAAACUUUUCAAAAGUAACUAAGCUACGGAAUUCUGACAUCACUUGGGUGCUGACCGUGCCCGCAAUUUGGAGCAACGCAGCUAAACAGUUCAUGAGAGAUGUAGCCAUAAAGGCUGGCCUGGUGACAGACUCAGACCCUGAAAGGCUCAUCCUGGCCCUGGAGCCCGAAGCUGCAGCAAUCUACUGCAAAGAGCUGCCGAGUGAUGGCUUCGUGGGAGGAGAGGAGGACACAAUGAGACUAGAUCAAAUGCCUGGAACACAGUACAUUGUUGCAGACUGUGGAGGUGGGACCAUUGACAUUACGCUGCAUGAAGUGCUUGAUGGAGGUGCAUUGAAGGAGGUAAGCAAGGCAUCCGGAAAUGACCUAGGAGGCCAGAAUAUAGAUCGUCAACUAAAAUCCUUUUUAAAGGAAAUCUUCGGUGAUGAAGUCUGGAAGGAGUAUGAGACGCGGCAUGCACCCGAACUCCAGAAGCUGCUGUAUGAAUUUGCAUUUGCUAAGUGUGCUGAUGAAAAUGAUGGCUACAGCUUUCCCUGUCAGUACAAUUUGAUAGAGAUUGUUAAGGAGAAGCAUGGGAAUAAAACUGUACAAGAGCUUCUGAAAGGCCAUCCGGGUGUGACUUGGAAUGAUGGGUCGAUUGACAUCUCGGCCGCAAAAUUCAGAUCCUUUUUUGAUGAAAGUUUGAGAGGCAUAGCUGGGGUCCUCAGAGACUUCUUGAAAAACCAAGAAUUGCACAUUAGGUAUUUAGUGAUGGUGGGAGGAUUUGCCAUGUCUAAAAUCUUGCAGAACUACAUUAAGCAUCAGUUUGGCAAUACAUGUGAAGUCCUCUGCCCACAACAUCCUCAGCAAGCUAUAAUGGUGGGUGCUGCAGACUUUGGAAGUCAGCCAGAGAUAGUACAGUCACGAAUUUCCGCCCUCACCUAUGGUGUAGACACAAGUAAAUGGUUUAAUGAGACCAAGCACAAGAUAGAGAAAAAAUACACAAACUGUGAUGGUGAGGAGUUCUGUAAGGAUCUGUUCAAGAGGCUGGUGAGGAAGGGGGAAUCAGUUGGGUACAAUGAGACCAGAAAUUUCACCUUUCAUCCAGUCACUAGGGAACAAAAGGAAAUGGCGUUCACGUUCUAUAGCACUGACAGACCAAAUGCAAUUUACAUUGAUGAAUGGGGAGUGGAUGAAAUGGCUACCAUGAUAGUUCCCUUGCCUAAUCCCAGUGGUCCUAGACUGGAUAGGGAAGUAAGAUUAGACCUCAAAUUUGGCUUCACUGAGAUUAUAGCCAUAGCCACAGAUUUGAAAUCCAAUAAAUCUGAAAGAAUUAUCCUUCACUUCAUGAGAGAGUAAUGUUUUUCCAAGUCACCACAUCUUAACAAAUAAUGUCCACCUAAACAAGUGUAGGUGACAGGUGUCUAUGUUCAACAUAUAUUUUCAUUUAAAACAGAGGUAGGUCAGUUGCAGCUUUUGAACAUAGGCAAACGGAAAACAAAAAUUCUACCCAGGAUAACUGGAAAAAAGUAAAAAGGGAAGCUGACAACGAGAGCUUGGACAUGCCGUAGCUGUAUACAUUCAUGAAUAUGUAAUCUUCAGAAUGAAGUGUGCAUGUUUGCAUUUUUUAAAUUGUUAUCUCUAAAUAGAACUGAAUUUCCUAGUUGCAUUC